AGUCUGAUUUUUGGGGUGUGGUUGAAGAGCGUUGAAUUGAAAUAUUCCAGUUUGAUUGCAAUUGUUGAAAAUAGGUGAAAAUUUUCGCAUCUUUUAUUGAUUACCAAAAAUAACGGAUUUAAUUCAUGAGAUUUCCAUGAGAUAAUUACCUACGCAUUGUAGAGAUACCAUAUAGCAUCUUAAACUUGCUAUUGGUUAUUUUAUUUAUCGUAAUGCUUUCAUGAUUUAUAGAAUUGGUAGAAUGAAAAGAAAGAUUCUGUCACUGCAAGGCCUAGCAAUUGGUGAACUAAUUCACACCUAAUUGCCACUCUUCUGUGCAGUAUAUGAUUAUUUUGGACUCUGGAGCAGCCUCUGGAGAAUCACAAGUCACUGGCAUUGGUCCUAGUUAGGUGGUUACCAUGAGUGCAUGUGACAGCACACCACUUGCAGACAGUUCUGCUGAAAGCCUUGCCUCUGCUUCGCCAUCUCAUGGCGCCAGCGGUGGAACCUUUAACACUCCUGUCAUCAGAAAGAGGUCCAGGGAUGGGCCGGAGUCGUCCGAGCCGCGACCACGCUUCAAACGGCGACAGCUGAGCCUGGCCAAUGCUGAGCUACGUGAAAAGGAGGACAAACUGCAGAAACUGCGGCUCGUCAACCACUACAGGCAGAAUCACAGCCUGCCGGAGCUGGCCCGGCUGACGGGCUGCUGGCGAGAGGCGGCCCAGCAGGCGCUGGCCGAGCUGCAGCAGCGGCUGGAGGCGCGCGGACAGCCGACAGACAUGGCGCAGCUGCUGCGCCACCUCGGCAUCGACCCGCACCUGGUCCGCUACGACACGGAGGGGCAGGAGUUCCUGCCGCCGAACGGCACGUGAGUCGACACGUCCCAGGGACGAUCUGUGGAUAUGCGGCCUCUGUUUGGCCUCUCGGACGUCCGCCCCAAACCAAAAACAACCUAUCCGUUUGAGCUCCAGUGAAUGUGAUAUGCCGCUCCAGUGAAUGAGCUCCAAUUUAUCGUCCGUCCCAUUGUGUGGCGUGUUGCGAGUUUUCUGUCAACGAAAAAAGCUCAGUGGAACGUGCACUCUGUGAAGUGAUAAGGGCUGUGACGUGUAUUCCCGACUGGACAAUGCUUCUUCUAACAUCCAAGCAUCGCUCUGCUUGAAUUCCUGUACAAAUACAGUUUUGUUUGUA